ACUCUUGAAGUGUUCAGUCUGUGUUCAACUUCACAAUCAAAACAUUGUCGUUCGUUCGCUGGUAGUACAGGUUUUCUACACUUUCGUUGCGUGCCUCCCAGAAGUCCAGACAAUACAAAAGCAGGAAGAACAAAUUAUGGAGUAACUCACAUUGUUCCGCCUGGUACCGCAGAUUCCCACAAAUCAGCUGUGCGAUCAUCGGUCGCAACAACUGUGCUCGCAGAUGAGUGGUGGAAUUUUGCCCCUACACAACCUAUAGGUAGUGGCUGGUAGUGUGUUGUAACAUUCCAGAAGAAAGGUAUUUGUGAUCAGGUAGUAACUGGAUUAUUGGUUCAAUCCGAGAUUUUCGUUUCUCUUGUAAAGUGAAAAUUGUUCUGUGGGACGAGCGAGAUAUCGAAACGUCUUAGAUCAAAAAACGGAAAAAUCGAAAGUGACGACCCUGUUCCUGUCUGCGUUGUGUGGGGCUGUGCCCCAAUCGUGUUAAACGCGACCGUGUAGGUAUAGUGCUUUAAUAUCGGGUGCUCGCAACGGGAUCGUGUUUUUCCGCUUCACUUAAAAAUAUUGGUGAGCAGUAUUAUGUAAAUUUAUUCAUCCCUUGCGUUUUGUUGUGAAUCGAAGUGGAGAUAAACGGAACUUAAUCCAAUCAAGUGUUGAGUGUGAUGUGAUCGGUUGUGGAACAUUACCAGACAAGACAGCAGCGGAUAUCGACGACGACGGAAGAAAAUAUGCUUUCGAGCUCACUAUGAUAGCGACUGGUACGAGGCGUGCGGGACAGAAAAUGUCCAAACAACAAGGCAAAUAUGAAUUGCUUAAGGAGAACACUAGUUUAAGGAAAAAACACACCUACAUACAAGGAUGCCUUCUGCUGGCCUUAUGCGCACUGUCCAGCGUGGCGGUGUACGCGACCUGGACGAUGAUCUACCGACAGAAUCUAAUCAUUCCACCGACACUAAUCGACAUUCCGCCCCUGUGGCCCGAACGAUUACGCCAGUACGCCGGAAGUUAUCGCACCGCCACCACCAGCGCCUUCCAUUCAUCGGUUCCUUCCUCAGCGGCGGAGCCGGACGACGAUGUCGACACGGCAGUACUGUUUCCGAACACGCAGCAGCCAUUACCAGGCGGACUCAACGACACGGAAUCCAGCACCGAAGAGCAACGUAUCAAAGAGCUGGAAAACGAACGAAUCCUCCCGUCAAAAUUCGGUAACUUCAUUUACUCGAAGGAAGCCUCCAAGGGGGCGCGGGAGGUGCGGAAGAUUGUCUGCUACUACACGACACCCACGAUGACGGGGAGAGGAGGCAGAGGCCGGGUGAGAAGUAAUCUCUACCCGGAACACAUCGAUCCGUAUCUGUGCACUCAUCUGAACGUGGGAAUGACGUACAUCCUGAACGGGACGGUGUAUAUCGACGACGAUCUGCGGCGGGUGUUCGAGCAAACAAAGCUGCUGAAGAAGGCCAACCGGCAGUUGAAGGUUCUGCUGUGGGUUGGUGGCGGUGGUGUCGGAGGGUUUGCCGAAAUGGUAACCAACCAUGCCAGUCGGAAGUUGUUUAUUCAGUCACUGAAAGCGACGCUGGAAAUGUAUCAGCUGGAUGGAGUCGAUCUGGACUGGGAGUUUCCGGGCAGUGGGAAUAAGAAUCGAAUGCAUUUCUCGCAGCUACUGCACGAAAUUCGGCGGGAGUAUCAGCGGGAACAUCGGACGUAUAUUUUGAGUGUGGCGGUGGCAGCUCCGGAGAUGAUCGCUUACAUGUCCUAUGAUGUGAGGGAGAUCAACAGUUAUGCGGAUUAUGUGAACAUUAUGACGUAUGAUUACCAUUUCUUUGCGCCGGAAACGCCGUGGACGGGCUUCAAUGCACCGCUAUAUCGCCGCCAGGACGAACAUUCGAUCUUCGGCACUCUGAACAUCAACGCUUCCGUCCAUUACUGGCUAUCGGCGGGACUGGAAAAGAGUAAAAUCGUGAUCGGUUUGCCGACCUAUGGGCACACAUUCCAGCUGGUUAGCGCCUUUAAUACACGGAUCGGAGCACCGGCUUCCAACUACGGUCGGGUAGGGAUGGUUGGAUUUGCUUCCUAUUCGGAGAUUUGCUGGUUCCGGCGGCACAAUAUCUACGUCCAUCAGGUGUACGAUGUGGAUAGUUGUUCGCCCUAUCUGUAUGCGGGGACCGAGUGGAUUUCCUACGAGGAUGAGCGCAGUUUGGAGUGUAAGGCGAACUACAUCAAGGAGCAUGGGUUUGGUGGGGCGAUGAUCUUUUCGCUUAAUACCGAUGAUUUCGGGGAGUACUGUGCGGAUAGUUUGCUGUACGACGAGGAGGAAGCUGGUGGCAGGAGAAGACAGGAGCAGAGUAAUUUUCCACUGUUGAGAAAGAUCCAUUCCGUGCUGGCGGAUUAGGGAAAGGGUACGUUAAUGGUGGUUUCUCCUUCCGAUAGCUAGAUGGAGCCGGUGAGCAUUUGAAACAGUAACGACUUAUAACGAUUAAGUACAGUUUUAUGCAUUGAUGUGUUGUUGGAUGACGAUGACAGCGAUUUUUAGAGAAAGAUUGGAAUUGUGAGGAAGACUCGGAAACUGAUAUUACAUUCGAAGAUAUUAAUUGAAGCACAGUGUCGAAAUUGCGAGAAAAAGAAACAAACGAACAGUAUAUAAUUAACGGUAUCUAGUCAGCUCGCUUGAUUCGGUGCGAUUUCACGUAGGUAUGAAUUUAUUUAUGAACAAAAAUUAGACGAAUCCGCGCUUGGGCGUUUCAGGACACACAA